CACUCUUCACUAGCGUAGUAGCGUUAUACUGUAGCUUCAGCUGUUACCGAUACAGACGGUUCUAGACAGCGAGGCGGUCGUGGCACGUCAAGGUUUAUCCACGUGUAUGAGCAGAUACGCUGGUCAGAUUUAGGACAAGAUAGGACGAGGGACGAGGGUGGAGCAGUUGUGCGCGCAGAGGCUCGGCAGAGGAGGUUUGGGCGUGGAGCGACGAGUGCCAGCAGAGACCGUUCAUCGGCGAGGACAAAUCAAAAGACACUACCUCAAGACAUCAACUCGAAUAGAAGCGACACCUCACCAUGGCUGUGACCCUCAACAUCGACGCUGACUUGCUGAAGACGUACGUCUUCUGGGGCACCGUUCUCAUCGUCAAGGUGCUGAUGAUGGCUUUCCUCACCGGAAGGCAGAGGAUGAAGAAGAAGAUUUUCGCUAACCCGGAAGACGCGCAGUCUCACGGCGGUAAGGUCAAGCUGGACGAUCCUGAUGUCGAACGAGUACGUCGUGCUCACCUUAACGACCUUGAGAACGUGGUACCCUUCCUGCUUCUCACGCCGCUGUACCUGUCCACCGGGCCUGCGCCGUGGAUCGCCGCUAACCUGAUCAGAGGAUUUGCUGCGGCGAGGAUCGUGCAUACGAUUGGUUAUUUGAAUGAGAUGUCUAUCCGCGGUCUCGGCUUUCUCGGCGGGAUAGCGAUCUGUAUUUUCAUGGCCGGAUCGACUCUCUACUCCUGCUGCUCAAUCGCCUAAAACUGCGGCCAUGUCGUCGACAAGGGGUCGAUGCAUUCCAUCGGGCGCGUGCUUUUUCAGGAAUGUUUAAUUUUUGAAUCAUGCUUGAAGUGAAACAGAAAAAUGAGUCGUUUGUUUAUGUGUCUGGUAAGCGAUGUGUCUGUUUAUGUGUUUGCUUAUGUGUCAGGUCUGACAUGCACAGCAUCAGCCAUCAAGCUAGGGUGCUAGGGGAUAAAUUAAAUGUACCUAUUUUCUAUAGUUCCAUGCUUACGUGACAGUGGGACUGUGGGUAUAUUGAAGUGGAAAUACAAUAUUUGAAAUACC